AUGGCUGCUGGAAGUUUUAUUGAUCCUACAACUGUGCUUGGUAGUGUGUUUUAUAUUCAUCCUUCAGUUAAUUCAAACACGAAAUUGGUGAAUGAUUUGUUUGACGGAUCUGGUUAUAAUAAUUGGAAGAGAACGAUGAUGCUUGGAAUUUCAUCUAGAAACAAAUUAGGUUUCAUAGAUGGAUCUGUACCUCAGCCUCUUAGUACAGAUCGUACUGCUAAUGCGUGGCAAAGGUGUAAUGAUCUAGUAGUUGGUUGGUUGUUGUUCUCCUUAGAUAAAAAGAUUGCAAAGAGCGUGUGGUUUUAUAAGACUGCUUAUGAGAUCUGGAAAGAUUUAGAAGAAAGAUUUGGGCAAACCUCUGCCACUCAGUUGUAUUCUUUGCAACAAGAGCUAAUAGAUAUCAAACAAGGGAGAGAUGAACCUGUUACUGAGUUCUUUACAAGAAUUAAGACUGUUUGGGAUGCUAUUGAUUGUGAAAAUCCUUUACCAGUGUGUUCUUGUGGAAAUUGUUCUUGUGGUGUUAGUCAGAAAAUCAUUAAAUCUCAGCAGGAUCAGAGGUUGAUGAUGUUCUUGAUGAAAUUAGAUGAUAAGUUUGGAAUGGUCAGGACAAAUAUUCUUAUGAUGCAACCUUUGCCUACCAUAAGUUUGGCACAUAGACUAUGUAUGCAAGAAGAAAGACAUAAGGAAGUGAGUCAAGUUGCUGCAAGCAUGAAUUCAGAAGUUAUGGCUUUUGCUGUAGAUAGGAAGAGGUUCUUUGACAGGCAGGGAGACAAGGGCUACAAACAGUAUAGUGGCUCUAAUAAUGGACAACCUAUAAGGAAUCAGGUUUAUAAUGGCAAAGGUCAAACUGGAAAAAGGGUUUCUAAUUGGUAUUGUGAUCACUGCAAAAUGGCAGGACAUGGCAUAGAAAGAUGUUUUAAGCUCAAUGGUUUUCCUCCAGGGUGGACUGGUAAUGCUGUUAAGGCUAGAACAGCAAAUCUUGCUAAAACUGAUGGUGAGGAGAAUGCUGAUGUUGGUGUUGAGUUGCAAGUUCAGAUGUCUAAUGACCAGUAUAAUCAGUAUCUGGCUUUUAUAGGCAAGCAGGAAGGUUCUGCCACUGACUUGGAUGAUAGUCAGACUGCAGGAUAUGCUCUCUUUGCAGGUAAACUUUGUCUAAUGGCUUCUUUUAGUAGCAAAUGGGUUAUAGACAGUGGUGCUACAGAUCAUAUAUGUCAUGAUUUGAGGUUUUUUUAG